AUGCAGGCUUUCGAGUGGUACUGCGAAGGCGGUGGGGUACAUUGGAAGAAACUGCAGUCGCUUCUUCCAGAUCUAGCUGCAAUGGGGAUCACAGCGAUGUGGCUGCCUCCCCCGACCAAAGCAUCCAACCCUGAAUCAGUCGGGUACGACGUCUACGACCUGUACGACCUGGGCGAGUUUGACCAGCAAAAGUCGACCCGGACGCACUGGGGCACGAAAGAAGAGCUCAUCACGCUCAUCGCGGACGCGCGGGCGAAGAACCUCGUUUGCUAUGUUGAUGCAGUCUUGAACCACCGGUUUGGCGCGGAUAGGACGGAGAAGUUUGGAGUGGUGGAGGUGGAUCAGAAGGAUAGGACGAAGGAGAUUAGCGGGCUGUAUGACAUUGAGGGAUGGACUGGAUUCGACUUUCCUGGUCGGCAUGAUCAAUACUCCAAGAUGCAUUUCAAUUUCAAUCACUUCACCGGGGUAGACUAUGAUCAAGGCACGGGCAAGAAGGGUAUAUUCAAGAUCCACGGGGAUGGGAAGAAUUGGUCUUCCGGGGUAGACUCGGAGAACAGGAACUAUGAUUACCUCAUGGGUGCCGACGUAGAUUAUGACCAUCCCGAGGCGAGAGAAGACGUGAUCAAGUGGGGCAAGUGGAUCAUUGAUGAGAUCGGCGCCGCUGGGUUCCGUUUCGACGCCGUCAAGCACAUUGACCGUGGUCUCAUCGCCGACUUCAUCAAGAUCGUGCGUGAACAGACCCACAAGCCCGCAAUGUUCGCUGUCGGCGAGUUCUGGAAAGAUUCGAUCCAGGAUCUGGAGACCUACCUAUCUGCCCUCGGCACUCAAUUCAGCGUGUUCGAUGCGCCGCUGCAUUACAACUUUAAGGAGGCCGGUGAGGCGGUGGCAGAUUUUGACCUGAGGAAGGUGUGGGAGGGAACAGUGGUGAAAGAGAGACCAAUUGAUGCUGUAACGCUUGUGGAUAAUCACGACACGCAGAUCGGUCAGUCGCUCGAGAGCUGGGUAGCUCCCUGGUUCAAACCUCUGGCCUACGCUCUGAUCCUCCUAAGGCCGGAUGGCUAUCCCUGCGUCUUCUACGGCGAUCUGUACGGUACCCUUGGCUCGAGCCCUCAGCCUCCAGUUUCGCAGCUCGCCGACUUAAUCCGCGCGCGCAAGCAUUUUGCCUACGGCCCACUGAGGGAUACGUGGGACCACCCGAACUGUGUCGCUUGGGUCAGAGAGGGGGAUGAGGUACAUGAUGGGUGCGCCGUAGUGCUCUGUAAUGGGGAUGAAGGCGUGAAGAAACUCGACAUCGGCACGUCCCACGCGGGCGAGAAAUGGACCGACGUCCUUGGAUGGCAUGCCGGAGAGGUCAUCAUAGCAGAAGAUGGCUGGGCAGAGUUCAGAUGCCCUGCGAAGAGCGUAAGUAUCUGGACUUGGGAGAAGGCAAGAGGGAGGGAGGCGUUUGGGAAGAAGUAG